AUGGCACGUUUGUGUCUCCUUGCUGCUUCGGGCGCGGCUGCGGCUGAGCUGCCGGGCUUUCUCAUCAGCACCGCCUGCGCCACGGAGCGGCGCAGCAGCGCGCUGGAGCAGCUGGCAACGCUCCAGCGGCGCCCGCAGUUGCGGACCUUCCAGCGGGACACGGAGCUAGGGGCGCGGGGCUGCUACUCCUCCCACCUCGCAGUGUAUCGGGAGGCAUUGGAGAGCCAGCUGCCCUUUGCGAUGAUCUUCGAGGACAACCUCCAGGUGACCGUUGACCAGGCCGAGGCGAGAGAUCUGCUGGCGAAGGCUGAGGACUUCUGUUUGGAGGAACAGCCCCAGGUGCUGCAUCUGAGCUUGGUGCACUCCGCGGCCUCCUUACGCCUCACAAGGCACAAGGGCCUGGUCCGCGUGGAGCGCACUUCGCCGGACUGGUACGGCCCGGUCUUCAUCGAGCAGCCCCCGGGGCUGGGCACCACGGGCUACAUCAUCUGCCGCCAGGCCAUGGAGCGACUGGUGGAGCUGGACAGAGUGCAGGGCUACCAGCAGCCCAUCGACGAGCUGCUGGCCGCCCAGUUCCCCGAGACCUUCGCGCUCUUCCCCGCGGUGCUGCACCGAGGCCCGGCGCAGAGCCUCAUCAACCCGGACCAAGCGCUCUUUCGGAGCGUCAUGUACGACCAGCGGGUCGUCAAGAACUUGGCCCCUUGGAACCCCAGAUCAGCGGAUUCAGCGGGACGAGCGAGCGACUGCCCUGUACUUGUCUAA